GCCGGAUCCUCUGUUUCGUCGUCGUCGUCAUUUCGGCCUUGACUCUGCUGAAAGGAAGAGGUUUGGCGGACGGCUCGCGGCUCAAACGAGCACCACCGCCACAGUUUUUGAAAGCUGGAAAGUUGUUUGGUGUGCACAUUGUGCCAUGCUUAGUCUGGCUGUGAGAAAAAGUAGGGUGGGAGGUGCCUCGCUGGAAUGUAGGCGACGAUUGGUCUUUUAUUCGCCUGUCUUCCACCACGUCCGCUUGGCAUCAACGAAUACCGCGACCGCACAGAAUGAAGGCGAGCAAGGGUGGCUUUCGAAGGGAGUAACUGCAAUCAAGAGCCAGAUGGUCCGAGGCAUAGGUGCAAAGAAAGGUUCAUUGAGUGCGACAUCACCCACAUGGACGAACGCAAUAGCCAGCGCCGAGACUCUAGUUCAUCCAAAAGGCGGCUCCGUCAUAAAUCCACGCGAACUUCUUGGCCAGGACUUGAAGUUACUCACAGAUAAUAUACGUCGUCUCCUUGGAUCCGGACAUCCCGUAUUGACUACCAUUAGCAAUUACUACUUCCACGCUGGAGGAAAACAUGUUCGACCGCUGAUCGUUCUACUGAUAGCCCAAGCUACAAGCAUCGCACCAAAGCUGGGAGGGGCAGGCCAAGAAAAUGUCAAUAACCUACCAGUGGACCAACCGACAAUUCCAUCGAGGGAAAUAACAUUUGGGGCACAUGUAGAGAGUAGAAAUACAUACACUGCCCCCGCCGCGGACUUGAGCAUUCUUCCCACACAAAGGCGCCUUGCAGAGAUCACUGAGAUGAUACAUACCGCGUCCCUCCUACAUGACGACGUCAUUGAUCUGGCCAUGACACGAAGAGCACAAUCCUCUGCGAAUGCGGAAUUCGGAAAUAAAAUGGCUAUUUUAGCUGGGGACUUUUUACUAGCACGAGCAUCUGUAGCAUUGGCACGUUUACGAAAUGUCGAGGUGGUGGAGCUCUUGGCAACUGUGAUUUCAAAUUUGGUUGAGGGCGAAUUCAUGCAAUUGCGGAACUCUGCUUUGAAUGAGGAGAAGGGCUGGUUGUAUCACGCAAAAGGCAUGUUGAAGGCGUCCGACAAUGAUACACUUAACGGAAAGUUUCAAUACUAUAUCGAAAAGACUUACUUGAAGACGGCGAGUUUGAUUGCAAAAAGUUGUCAAGCUGCGGCGGUAUUAGGGGGCUGCCGACCGGAGAUCGUCGAUGCAGCAUACAGUUAUGGAAAGAAUCUGGGACUUGCGUUUCAAUUGGUCGAUGACAUGCUCGAUUUUACGGUAUCAGCGGACGAAUUUGGCAAGCCAGUCAAUGCGGAUCUCAAAUUGGGCCUAGCAACAGCACCAGUCUUGUACGCUGCAGAACAGUUUGAAGACCUUCAUCCCUUGAUUGAGCGUAAUUUUGGAAACGAGGGGGACGUUGAAAAGGCAUUAUCUUUGGUGUUGCAAAGCGAUGGCCUUUCCCGAACACGAGCAUUGGCCGAGUCGUACUGUCAACAAGCGAUUGAGGCAAUCUCAGCGCUACCACCUAGCAACGCUCAGACGGCCUUGAUACAACUAACGGAAGCAGUUUUGACACGAAAGAAGUGAAACUGUCAUAUGUAUUUUGGGACAAUUUUUUAGAGGGUUGGGUGCAUUUUAUUAUACUAAUCGAUGUGCAAGUAGCUAGGAAGUAGUCCUUUCGCUUUGGCAGGUUGCUGGAAUGGGAUUGGUGGGUUGGGGACAUUCGAUAUACAAUGGUUGCUUGGCUGCAACUUAACAUGGCCAGGGCACGUUUAUACGCAUUCACAAUGACAAAUAUAUGUUUUAUCGGACGCUUACAAACGGGCUACGGAGUCGCACAUUAUUCCUGUAUCAACCCGAACUGUAUAAUUCCAUGAAAAACA